CGGGUGGCGUCCAAAGGCCACGGGGACCUUCUGGAGGUAAAUCUACAGAAUGGCAUUUUGUUUGUGAAUUCUCGGAUCGAUCGGGAGGAGCUGUGCGGGCGGAGCGCGGAGUGUAGCAUCCACCUGGAGGUGAUCGUGGACAGGCCGCUGCAGGUUUUCCAUGUGGAGGUGGAGGUGAAGGACAUUAACGACAACGCGCCAGUGUUUCGUUUAAAGGAACAAAGGGUGCUGAUUUACGAAUCAAGACUGCCAGAUUCUCUGUUUCCACUAGAGGGCGCGUCAGAUGAGGAUGUUGGCUCGAAUUCCCACUUAACCUAUAAACUCAGCUCCAGCGAAUAUUUCGCCUUAGAUGUGAAAACCAACAGUGAUGACAAUACACAAAUUGGGCUCGUGUUAAGGAAAUCCUUGGACAGAGAGGAAGCUCCCGAACAUAACUUACUGCUGACAGCCACUGACGAAGGCAAACCUGAGCUCACUGGCUCUGUUCAGCUGCUGGUCACUGUGCUGGACGUGAAUGACAAUGCUCCCACUUUCGAACAGACUGAAUAUGAAGUAAGGAUCUUCGAAAAUUCUGGCAACGGAACAACAGUCAUCAGACUGAAUGCUUCUGAUCGGGAUGAAGGAGUGAAUGGGGAAAUUUCAUACUCUUUCAAUAGUCUUGUUCCAACCACAGUUAGAGACCAGUUUAGGAUAGAUCCAAAUACUGGAGAAAUAGUAACUAAAGGGAAUUUAGAUUUUGAAAAAUUAAAUUUAUACAAAAUUCGUGUUGACGCGACGGACAAAGGCCACCCACCCAUGGCCGGACAUUGCACUGUUUUAUUGAAGGUUUUGGAUAAAAAUGAUAACGUCCCUCAGAUUGCAUUGACUUCCUUAUCCUUGCCUAUCCGAGAGGACGCUCAAUCAGGUACUGUUAUUGCCCUAAUUAGCGUGUCAGAUCUCGACAUCGGUGCCAACGGGCAAGUGACCUGCUCACUAACGCCCCAUGUCCCCUUCAAGCUGGUGUCCACCUUCAAGAACUAC